AUGGCUAAUCAGAAGAAACCCGACUGGCCGAAGCUCCGGUACGGGGAUGGCGAGUGCGCACGCUGCCGGGAGCUUGAUAAGCUGAAGCUGAAACCCAAGCCCGAUGACCUCGAUUAUAUAUGCCAGGGCGACGAUUUCGAGGGCGACGAAGAACUGAUGUUAAGGGUCAUCCAUUACAGGAGGAAGUGUAAUGUGACCGGUAAGGUAACUAAGUGGGUAAAAUUCGUGAUCGACACAUACAAUCAACAGAAGGGUCAGGACUUGAUCCUACUCAGCAUCUUGAACGUAAGCAUCCAGCGUGUUUAUCGCUAUUAUAUAUUCUAUGUAACUUUCGAAGGCUUCAAUGAGUCCGAUGAGAGCAGUGUGAGGAAGAGUUAUGUCGAGACUUACCAAACAGUGGGGUCUUGUGCGUCUUGGAAAUUUGGUAAGGAUUUUCAUAGAUGGGAUUUGUUACCACCUGAUUCCUCUUACGAAGAAAGAAAAAGGGUAAAGAAAGAGCUGAUGGGGACCUUGGCUUGA